CGUGUGACUUCUCGCGUCCGCUCGAGUUGUGUUGAAACACUGUAUUAAACCUGACAGAAUUAUUAUAGCAAUAAUACGCGGUAAUAAUCAGCUGAAGGGAGUGAUGCAGUGAUCCUCAGAGUUUUUUAGGAGUUUGAAGUGUUUUAUAAAAGCUCGACAUGGGGAACCGGGGGAUGGAGGACUUGAUUCCUCUCAUCAACAAAAUGCAGGACGCGUUCAGCUCCAUCGGCCAGAGCUGCAGCUUGGAGCUGCCGCAGAUCGCGGUGGUGGGCGGCCAGAGCGCCGGGAAGAGCUCGGUGCUGGAGAACUUCGUGGGGAGGGAUUUUCUGCCCAGAGGAUCUGGCAUCGUCACUCGCAGACCGCUUAUUCUCCAGCUAGUGAACAGCAAAGCAGAAUAUGCCGAGUUUCUACACUGUAAAGGUCGUAAGUUUGUGGACUUUGACGAGGUGCGCUCGGAGAUUGAAGCGGAGACUGACCGAAUCACGGGAUCUAAUAAAGGAAUCUCUCCAGUUCCCAUCAACCUGCGCGUCUACUCUCCUAACGUUUUAAAUCUGACACUUAUAGAUCUUCCCGGCAUGACUAAAGUGGCAGUGGGGGAUCAGCCAGUAGACAUCGAGUACCAGAUCAGAGAAAUGCUGCUGCAGUUCAUUUCUAAGGAGAACUGUCUGAUCCUGGCGGUCACGCCUGCCAACACUGACCUCGCCAACUCCGAUGCCCUAAAAAUCGCCAAGGAGGUUGAUCCUCAGGGUCUUCGCACUAUUGGGGUGAUAACCAAACUGGACCUUAUGGAUGAAGGAACAGAUGCCAGAGACAUCCUAGAGAACAAACUUCUGCCACUGCGGAGAGGUUAUAUUGGCGUUGUGAACCGCAGUCAGAAGGACAUUGACGGCAGGAAGGAUAUUCGCGCUGCUUUGGCUGCUGAGAGGAAGUUCUUCCUGUCUCAUCCUGCAUACAGACAUGUGGCAGAGAGAAUGGGCACACCGUACCUGCAGAAAACACUCAACCAGCAACUGACGAAUCACAUCCGUGACACUCUGCCGGCACUGCGCAGUAAACUACAGAGUCAGCUGCUCUCACUGGAGAAAGAAGUGGACGAGUACAAGAACUUCAAACCUGAUGAUCCGGCACGCAAAACUAAAGCACUUCUGCAGAUGGUGCAGCAGUUCGGAGUGGACUUUGAGAAGCGGAUCGAGGGUUCUGGUGAUCAGGUGGACACUCUCGAACUCUCUGGCGGAGCUCGAAUCAACCGCAUCUUCCACGAGCGCUUUCCUUUCGAGCUCGUCAAGAUGGAGUUUGAUGAGAAGGAGUUGAGAAGAGAGAUCAGUUACGCCAUCAAGAACAUUCAUGGAGUCAGGACGGGGCUGUUCACCCCUGACCUUGCGUUUGAGGCCAUAGUAAAAAAGCAGCUGAUUAAGCUGAAGGAGCCGUGUCUCAAAUGCAUUGAUCUGGUCAUCCAGGAGCUGAUCAAUACAGUCAGGCAGUGCACACUAAAGUUGAGCUCUUAUCCUCAUCUGAGAGAAGAGACGGAGAGAAUCGUCACCACAUACGUCCGAGAGAGAGAAAGCAAGACUAAAGACCAGGUGAUGUUGUUGAUCGACAUUGAGCUCUCUUACAUCAACACAAACCACGAAGACUUCAUCGGCUUUGCCAAUGCGCAGCAGAGAAGUGCAGCGGUCAGUAAGAAGAGAGCAAUGCCCAACCAGGUGAUUAGAAGGGGUUGGCUGACGAUCAACAUUAGCAUAAUGAAGGGCGGAUCUAAGGACUACUGGUUCAUUCUGACGGCAGAGUCUCUGUCCUGGUACAAAGAUGAGGAGGAGAAAGAGAAGAAGUUCAUGCUCCCUCUGGAUAACCUGAAGAUCAGAGAUGUGGAGAAAGGCUUCAUGUCCACCAAACACACCUUUGCCAUCUUUAACACCGAGCAGAGGAAUGUUUACAAAGAUCUUCGUCAGAUUGAGUUGGCAUGUGACUCUCAGGAGGAUGUGGACAGUUGGAAAGCCUCUUUCCUGCGAGCGGGAGUCUAUCCUGAGAAAGACCAGGUGGAGAAUGAGGACAGCAUUCCCUCAGACUCCAUCUCAAUGGACCCUCAACUGGAGAGGCAGGUGGAGACCAUCCGAAACCUGGUGGAUUCCUACAUUGGCAUUGUCAACAAGAGCAUCAGAGACCUCAUGCCCAAAACCAUUAUGCAUCUGAUGAUCAACAGCGCGAAGGAGUUCAUCUACUCUGAGUUGCUGGCGUAUCUGUACUCGUCAGGAGAUCAGAACAGUCUGAUGGAGGAGUCGGCAGAGCAAGCGCAGCGGAGAGACGAGAUGUUACGCAUGUAUCACGCGCUCAAAGAGGCGCUACACCUCAUCGGUGACAUCAGCACCAGCACCAUAUCUGUGCCUUUACCGCCCCCUGUGGAUGACACCUGGAUACAGACUGACCCCAGUCCUCCAGCUCAACGUAAACCAUCAGCAACGGCUCCGCCUCCGGGUCGUCCUCCUGCAGUGCGCGGCACUACCCCUGGUCCUCCUGCCCCUCCUCCUAUAAACUCCACCCCUGCAUUCGGAGCUCCGCCCUUGCCAUCCAGACCCGGCCCAUCUCCUGUCAACACUAAUACUUUCGGUAGUGGCAUGCUGGAGCCGAUUGCAGCUCCGCCUCCUCAGAUCCCAUCUCGACCCGCCCGCGUGCCACCUGGUCUGCCUCCCGGAAUACCCAGAAGACCUCCAGCAGCUCCGAACAGACCCACAAUAAUCCGAACAUCAGAACCGUCUCUACUGGACUGAAGACAGAACCGACACACACUCUGUUUGGAAAUUAGGUUUUGUUUCUGUAAUGAUUAUAUUUAACUUUAAAUAGUACAACAC